AAAACGUUAAUUAAGAAAGUAAUAGAUGAAAAUGGAAGAGAUUCAUGCACCGGUGGAUGACAACUCGCUGUCGAUAGAACACAUUUUACGUCCAAUAACUUACACGGUUUGGUUCAUGGGCGUUGGGAUUGCACGUCCGCGAAAGUGUUCAAAGAUUGUGACGAUAAUUAUACGUAUUAUUCACCUGGCCAUGUGUACAGUGUUUCUAAAAACAUUCACCGAGUACAUGUUUACUUUAUCCAUAGAUUCAGUAGUAGAAUUCUUCUACAUCAUAGAUAGGAUGAUAUUUUUCGUUGCGGCAUAUUAUUACAUUUAUCACGGAAUCAGGCAGUAUGACAAGUGGCCUGAGCUGAUGGACAAAAUGAAGGAGCUCGAUCGAAAGAUCAAGAAAGACACACACAUGAAUGAUCUACCAGUAAAAAUCAUGGAAGCAGUAGCGAUUUUCAUGACUUUUGUGUGUUGCCCUUUGUUCCCGAUUGUAAUCUCCCUAUACUACUUUUUGCAUUCAUAUAACAAUAGUGUGAUCAAUAAUUUGCUAUAUUUUUUCAUGAUAGCACGGUCGUUGAUCAACAGCUUCUGUUUCGAUGUGGUCGUUUAUGUGCUGUAUUACAGAUAUCAAACGAUAAAUAAGGUGUUCGGUCAUUUGAAUAACUUAUCUGAUGCUCCAUUGAUUGCGUUUAAGAUUAGACGCAUCAGAGAAUUGCAUAAUGAUAUUUGUGAUCUUGUUAUUAUGAUAAACGAUAUUCACGGUUUUCAUCUUCUUCUCUGCUCGACGAACUCAUUCUUUAUGGUCACGUCUAGAUUAUACGCUGCGUUCAUAAAUACUAUGAACGAAGACUAUAACGAUAUGUUGAUAGAUUACAUGACUGCGAUUAUGUAUACUAUGCAAUUUGGCCUGAUUUGCUGGAUUUGCACACUUGCAUGUCAAGAAUUCGGCAAAACCAAGAUAAUUAUGAACACAAUUGCAUUGAAAUGCAAAUCUAUAAAUUUUGAUAAACUGAAAGAGACAAGGAAUCAAUUGAGUUUAGAAACGCGACCGCCAUUGCAAGAUGCGGACAGUGAGCAAAAUUAUAAUUGGAGUAACAGUCACGGUUGGAAUUAUGUUGUCAUGGAAAAUCUCUUGAGUAAAAUUUUGGACCGGGACUAUGUCAGUGAUGAAAUUAAUUGGUUUUUGAUUCAACUACAACAGCGUCGAAUAUCAUUCACGGCUUGCGAUUUUUUCGAAAUGAGCAACAAUUUGUUCUGUAGUUUCGUCGGAGUAAUCUGCACUUAUUUAAUAAUUUACAUUCAAUUGAUUCAAUUCCCGGAUGCCUAAAAAAGAAUAGAGUGCAGCUUGUGUCGGUAGUUUGUUAAUAGUAAUAAUAAUAUAUAAAUAUUAUUUAUUAAAGAAGUUAUAGUUUGUAAUAUUUUGUUUAUUCUUAAUAAAUUUAUUUUGCAUUAAUAGACACGUAUAUUGUUGCACAAGGAAAAUCAUGAGAGUUUUUUAUUUCGAUUAAAUUUAAAUAAUAGUUAUUGAUUGAUGUAAAAAAUCUCAGUAGACAUACGAUACAAAAUAAUUUAAAUAUUUAAUUUAUUGCAUGUAAAUAAACAUUUAAAUUAUUGCAUAUAAAAUAUUCAUUUUUAAGUAAAACAGUAAUGUUGUACAUACGUAUAUCCAUUUAAGGAUAAAUUAAUUUUACAUCUCCAAUUUUUUUAAUUGAUUCAUAUCAUUGAUCUCU